AUGGCACGGGAUGCACACCCCUUUGAGGCGGAACGGCGGCUCGGCGCGGUAAAGGCGGUUUCCGGCCCCGUCGUCAUCGCGGAGCGGAUGAGCGGGAGCGCGAUGUACGAACUCGUGCAGGUGGGUUCAUUUCGUCUCGUAGGGGAGAUCAUCCGUUUAGACGGCGAUACCGCGACGAUUCAGGUUUACGAGGAAACCGGUGGGCUGACGGUUGGUGAUCCGGUCUACUGCACAGGCAAGCCGCUUUCGCUUGAGCUCGGCCCGGGCAUUAUGUCGGAGAUCUUUGACGGCAUCCAGCGCCCGCUCGAGACGAUCUACCAACAAUCACGGGAUAUUUUCAUCCCGAAAGGAGUCCAGGUGCCCUCGUUGGAUCCCACGAAGCAGUGGGAUUUCACCCCCCGCGUGCGGGUGGGGGACCUCGUGACCGGAGGAGAUAUCCUCGGCUCUGUCGUUGAGAAUUCAUUAAUGCAGAACCACUCGAUUAUGGUCCCGCCGAACUACAAAGGGCGGGUGGUUUCGGUGGAGCCAGCAGGAAAUUACACCCUGGAGGAUGACAUCGUGGAGAUCGAGCAUAAUGGAAAGACGCGAAGUUUGCGGUUGAUGCAUCGAUGGCCGGUGCGGAUGCCGCGCCCGGUAGCUUUCAAGGAGUCUGGAAAUCACCCUCUUCUUACCGGGCAGCGCGUUUUGGAUGCGCUUUUUCCGACGGUUCAGGGCGGCACCUGCGCGAUCCCUGGCGCCUUUGGAUGCGGAAAGACCGUCAUCAGCCAGGCCCUUUCCAAGUACUCCAACUCCGACUGUGUGAUUUAUGUCGGCUGCGGGGAGCGUGGGAAUGAGAUGGCCGAAGUUUUGAUGGAUUUUCCUGCGCUCACGACUUUCAUCGACGGGCGGUGGGACUCGAUCAUGAAGCGGACGUGUUUGGUGGCGAAUACGUCGAAUAUGCCUGUGGCGGCGCGGGAGGCCUCCAUUUACACCGGCAUCACCCUCGCGGAGUAUUACCGGGAUAUGGGCAAACACAUCGCGAUGAUGGCGGAUUCGACUUCGCGUUGGGCUGAGGCGCUGCGGGAGAUCUCCGGUCGCCUCGCGGAGAUGCCGGCAGACGGAGGGUACCCUGCGUAUUUGGGCGCCCGCCUCGCCUCGUUUUACGAGCGCGCGGGGUGGGUCACCUGCAUCGGCGGGCCGAAACGGCAGGGAUCGGUGACCAUUGUCGGCGCGGUCUCCCCGCCUGGGGGCGACUUUUCGGAUCCGGUCACCUCCGCGACGCUGGGGAUUGUGCAAGUUUUCUGGGGCCUCGAGAAGCGCCUGGCCCAGCGGAAGCACUUCCCGUCGAUUAACUGGCUUAUCUCGUAUUCGAAAUAUCUUAAUGCCCUGGAACCCUUCUUCAACACCUUCGACUCGGACUACAUGCACCUGCGGGCGGUGAUAUCGGAGAUCCUUCAGCGGGAGGAAGAACUGCAUGAGAUCGUCCAACUUGUGGGAAGGGAUUCACUAUCCGAGUCGGACAAGGUCAUUCUUGAGGUCUCCAAGAUUAUUCGUGAGGAGUUCCUGCAGCAGAACGCUUUCACCGCUUAUGAUAAGUUCUGUCCACUUUACAAAACCUGCUGGAUGCUGCGGAACAUUGUCACCUUUUACGAGGAGGCACAACGUGUUAUUUUGGAGUCGGCUCUGGAUAAUAAGAUUACCUGGAAUUACAUUCGUGAGAAGAUUCCGACCGUGUACACAAGACUCACUGAAAUGAAGUUUCGGGAUCCUUCUGAAGGAGAGUCAAACAAUAUUGAGUACUUUAAAAGACAAAACAAGGACAUUUUGAAUGCUUUUGCUUCACUUUUGCAGUAA